AUGGGACCGAACGCUAGGAAGCACGGUGGAUUGAUUAUACACAUUUUGGUUGCUGUUUAUACGUUUUUGGGUCUCGCGAUCGUCUGUGACGAUUACUUUGUCUCCAGUUUGGACAGGAUUUGCGAAGAGCUACGAUUGUCUCCGGACGUUGCCGGUGCAACUUUCAUGGCCGCCGGCUCGUCGGCACCGGAACUGGCGACCGUCGUAAUCGGAGUUUUCUUUGCAAAAGAUGACAUCGGAGUGAGCGGUGUCAUCGGAAGCGCGGUGUUCAAUAUAAUGUUCGUGAUAUCGGUUUGUGGGCUGUGCACCACAACAGUGUCCAAGCUGAAUUGGUGGCCUCUGUGCCGGGAUUGUUUUUUCUAUGCGGUGUCGAUACUCGUGAUGCUUGGUACAAUUUACAACGAAUCAAUAUCUUGGAUGGAGUCCCUGUUCAUGCUGAUCAUGUACGCGGUAUACUGCGUCGCGUUGUCUUUUAACAGCAGAUUAGAACGAUGGGCGAAAUCUUACGAUAUACCCUUCCUACCGAAAGACGAUGAGCCAGCGGAGGAAAGCGCGCUCGUCAGUUACAGAUCGUUGCAAGAGGAUCGACUGUCUUAUACUGGUCCGAAUUCGCCUGUCACGGAUCAACAUAAAAUUCAAGAAGGAGGAUUAGGAGGUCCUGUUUCCGAAACGAACGAUCCACCGGUUCCGAAGCAACCAGAGUACUACAAAGCGAAAGAGCCCGAUCCUAACGAAGCCUCGCCGUUGGAAAAGCCCCUUGACGCCAGUAAAUGGACCUUGUUUACAUGGGGACUCGUGUAUCCCAUACAUUUCAUGUGUCGUGCGACGAUGCCCGAUUGUCGACAGGAAAAGUUCCGAAACUGGUAUCCGUUCACUUUCUGCGUGUCGAUGGUGUGGAUCAGUUUCUACAGUUAUAUCAUGGUUUGGAUGAUUACGAUCAUAGGCAGCACUCUCGGUAUACCGGACACGGUGAUGGGUCUGACUUUUGUCGCUGCCGGCGUGAGCGUACCGGACGCUCUCUCCUCGUUGGCGGUAAUCAAAGAAGGCCUCGGUGACAUGGCGGUGAGCAACGCCGUUGGUAGUAACGUCUUCGAUAUCCUAGUUUGCCUUGGGCUUCCGUGGUUCAUACAAACAGCUAUGAUACAGCCUGGUUCCCAUGUAAACGUCACCAGCCGAGGCUUAACGUACUCAACGGUGUCUCUGCUGUCGACGGUGGUAUUUUUGGUACUAGCAACCCAUAUGAACGGCUGGAAGCUGGACCGACGAUACGGAGUGGUACUGAUGCUUUGGUACUUGGUGUUCAUCGUGUUCGCCUCGCUGUACGAGUUGAACGUGUUCGGUGAAAUGAAUCCCCCGGUAUGUUUUAGCUCGUUUUAAAGCAACA